CCCCAAUUCUGAAAAAGUUGGGACAUGCAGUAAAUUGCAAAUAAAAACAGAAAGCGUUGAUUUGUAAACUUUCACAGGAAUUUAACUGAUAACAGCACAAAAGAAGGAAUAUAAUUUUUAAUUUUGCUGGGUUUUCAACAAGUGAGCAGCACUUUGCUUAUCAUGUGUACUCAGCUAGAGGUCAAAGUAGGUGAACAUAAUCAAACUGACCCUUGUUCAGGAGCCCAGCAGUGGUAAACUGGUGUUGGUGAGGCUUUAACCAGCAACGUUCAGCCAGGUCUGUAUCAGAAAAUAAAAAAAAACUUAAACUCGACCAGGAUUUUUCCGGCAGGACUUUAUUUUAAUAGUGUGUGAAAGUUGUACUGCACUGGAGUGUCUGUAUAUGCUGAUGAGCUACUAGUGGAAAACCACUGGAAAAUAAUGAACCAACCGGUGGGUGGGUUCUCUAACUAAUUAUAUUGUGUUAAAAUGAUCCAUGGUGGGACCUGUGUGGCUUUAGUGUGGAUAUCUUGCUAACCUUUAGGAUGGUGCAGUUUCUCCACUUUUCUCUGAGCUGCAGGAUGUCAGACACUCCCUAAACUCCGAACCUAAAUAUUGUGUUUGGGGAAAACUGGGCAUUGGUGAAGAACUGGAGGACUGGGAGGUUUAAGAUAGAAGAAACACCUGCAACUGAAUCCUAAAAAAAUCCCCAAGUUCAAAUAAGGAAACAACAACAAGAAUCAGAAGCCAGAUUGUUUUUACAAAUCCUAAGAGAUACAAGAUGGAUGAGAAGGAGGAAACCUCGAGUUUUUCAGAAUCUGUAAGCGAGGCUGCCAGUGCAAUGUGUCGUUUUCCUUUAAUAGAGGUGCAGGGCGUCCCCCUCAUGAACUGGAUCGCCAACAGCUGGAGCCUGAUUUCAGCCUUCCAACCAGAUCCUUCUGAUUUACUCAUCGCUACCUACCCCAAAGCAGGAACUACCUGGACUCAGGAGAUUGUGGAUCUGCUGCUGCAUGAUGGAUAUGCCGAGGUUUGUAAGCGAGCACCUACUGCUGUACGCAUCCCGUGCCUGGAGAUCCAAUUUCCUCCCCCAGUUCCUUCAGGUCUGAACGCACUCAAAAAGAUGAAACCUCCAAGAGUCAUCAAAACACACCUGCCCAUACAGCUAGUGCCUAAAGGAUUCUGGGAAAAUAAAUGCAAGGUGAUUUAUGUGGCUCGGAACGCGAAGGACAACCUGGUCAGCUAUUACCACUUUGAUCGAAUGAAUCAGACUCAGCCUGAACCAGGUCCCUGGGACCAGUACAUCCACAAGUUCAUGAGGGGAAAAUUGUCAUGGGGCUCCUGGUACGACCAUGUGAAAGGAUACUGGAGAGAAAAAAAAAACAGGAACAUCCUCUACCUGUUCUUUGAGGACAUAAAAGAGAACCCUCGUCGAGAGAUAUUAAGGAUCAUGCACUACCUGGACUUGUCACUACCUGAUGACAUAAUUGACAAGAUUGUGCAGCUGACAUCUUUUGAAGUGAUGAAGGACAAUCCGAUGACCAACUACACCUUCAUUCCAAAGACAAUGUUUGACAGUUCCAUCUCCCCCUUCAUGAGAAAAGGUGAGGUUGGAGACUGGAUUAAUCAUUUCACCCCGGCUCAAUCUGAAAUGUUCGAUAAGGACUACACAAGACAAAUGGCGGAUGUGGACAUUCCCUUCCGUACCAGCAUAUAAAUCAGCUACAGAUGAUGAGCAGUUAGCACCAGUAACAUCAACACUGUGCUCUGGAUAUACAAUUACUGAUGUGAUAUUAUUUGUGACAUCACAUGACCUCACAUGCUUUAUUUCAAAGAUACCAAAACUACUAAAAUAUCUGUUUAAGAGAUGUAGUUCCACAAGCUGCUGUUUAACAAAACAACAUGAGUAAAUACAGUGGAUGAGCAGCUUUAAUGGAACCUUCCUCUCUAAUUACUUAAUUAAUAUAAUCGUCAUAUAAUUACAGUCUGAAGGUCUUAAAUAAUAUGUUUAGCCUAAAAUAAAUAAGAAAGUGCAGUACAUCUUAAACAGAAUGUUUUAGAAAUAUGAAAUCCUGUUCUUGAUUAUUUUGAUGAUAUAAAAUCUGGACACCCCUGUUUGACUGAUUUCACCGUCAGGUGGUGCUAAUGGUGUUGUAUAAUGAUGGGUUUGAGCAACAAUAGUGUAGCGUCGGCACAGGCUUUACCCAGAAAGCCUUGCGGCAGUGGUGUCUAAGCUCACCGUAGCCGUGUAUCCCGUUGUUGGGAGUGGGGUGGCUGCGGUGAGGGUUGGGUAAGUAGCUUAUAUGUUUGUCUGUUGUAUGUAUGUAUGUGUGUAUGAAUGGGUGUCUGUCCCUAAACCACUGAAUGAACUGCGGCGCCACAAUAUACUGUAGUUUGUGUUCCUGUUUCAAACUUAAUAAUUACCAUAUACUAACAACUAAUACUUACAAUAUCUCUAUAAUUAUACAAAUGAAUACAGGGAAAUCAGUCACUGUAAGCACUUCCACAUGUUCUCUCAUGUUUCCCUCAGUUCAAACCUGGGAAAAAGAUCUGAAAUCAGAUCUAACAUGUAAUCUUCUCUAAAUAAAUGCAUAUUUAACUGUAA